AUGCUCCGGCUGGGAACCAACACUUCUGAGAGGCAGCCGAUGUGAACACGUGCACACAGAUUCCUCUCCCAAUGGCACAGCAGCUGCUAGGAGAAUUAUUCUGAAAAGAUCUGAAUGCAUAAGGCUAAAGUUAAAGCGGGAGUGAGAACAACAAAACAAAUAGCAGACUCUUUCAACUGAGAAUGAGCAUUUUGAAGCCUAAGAUUUUAAAGCGACGAUGAGAACUGUUCCUAAAAGAGACUAAAAACUCCAUUUCAAGCUCUGGAGCUUGUGACAUUUACUCACAGCAAGUACGCCAGUUUUAGCCUCAGAACUUUCAGAUAGAGAAAGACUUGGAGAAAAUAAAGACUCCCUGACCGAGGAGGUUAAAUCAAUUCAGUGGGGCUCUGAAUCCACUUGCUUCAUGAGGAACAACACCCACCACCACGGGAUGCACACUUCUCUCCACUUCUGGAACCGCAGCGGCUAUGGACUGCACAGCAAUGCCAGUGAGUCCCUUGGAAAAGGCUACUCCGAUGGAGGGUGCUACGAGCAACUUUUUGUCUCUCCGGAGGUGUUCGUGACUCUGGGUGUCAUAAGCUUGUUGGAGAAUAUUCUAGUGAUUGUGGCAAUAGCCAAGAACAAGAAUCUGCAUUCGCCCAUGUACUUCUUCAUCUGUAGCCUGGCUGUGGCCGAUAUGUUGGUGAGCGUUUCAAACGGAUCAGAAACCAUUGUCAUCACCCUACUAAACAGUACAGAUACGGAUGCACAGAGUUUCACAGUGAAUAUUGAUAAUGUCAUUGACUCAGUGAUCUGUAGCUCCUUGCUUGCAUCAAUUUGCAGCCUGCUUUCAAUUGCAGUGGACAGGUAUUUUACUAUCUUUUAUGCUCUCCAGUACCAUAACAUUAUGACGGUUAAGCGGGUUGGCAUCAUCAUAAGUUGUAUCUGGGCAGCUUGCACAGUUUCAGGCAUUUUGUUCAUCAUUUACUCAGACAGCAGUGCUGUUAUCAUCUGCCUCAUCACCAUGUUCUUCACCAUGCUGGCUCUCAUGGCUUCUCUCUAUGUGCACAUGUUCCUGAUGGCCAGACUUCACAUUAAGAGGAUCGCAGUUCUGCCAGGCACUGGCACCAUCCGCCAAGGUGCCAACAUGAAGGGGGCAAUUACCUUGACUAUCCUGAUUGGGGUCUUUGUUGUCUGCUGGGCCCCAUUCUUCCUCCACUUAAUAUUUUACAUCUCUUGUCCCCAGAAUCCAUACUGUGUGUGCUUCAUGUCUCAUUUUAACUUGUAUCUCAUACUGAUUAUGUGUAAUUCAAUCAUCGAUCCUUUAAUUUAUGCACUCCGGAGUCAAGAACUGAGGAAAACCUUCAAAGAGAUCAUCUGUUGCUAUCCCCUGGGAGGCCUUUGUGACCUGCCUAGUAGAUAUUAAAUAGGGACAGAGGAGAUACUUAAAACAUGCAUAGGAAGCUUUUUCAUUCUCGUACAACCUGAACAGUGUGCUUCAGCAACAGCUUUCUCAUCUGUGUGGGGAAUUGGUUGAGAAUAUCCAUUGUGUUUUAUAAAGUUAAGAUUAUGAUUUUUGAUAUCAGAAAAUGCCCAGUCUCUGUAUUAUUUUUAAUGUCAUGCUACUUUUUGGCUGUAAUAUGUUCCAUGUAUAUUAUAGAUUGUAGCCACUGUGGAUUUACAAAAAAGAAAAAAAAAGUCCUUAUUAAAAGCUUAACAAUG